AUGGAAUUGAUUAGAACAGAGGAAAGUGUCUUAGAUGAUAACCUAGAUAUGGGGGAAGUUGAAAAAAUAAUACGUACAAUAGUUACAUCAGAAACUCUAGAUUCACUAACUUCUAGAAAAGUUAGAGAAGAGAUAGAAAAUCAAUUAAAUUUAUUACAGGGUAGUUUAAUAUCUAAAAAGUUGGAGAUCAAUGAGAUAAUAGACCAAAUUAUAUUGGAAAUACAAGGGGAUUUGGAAGAUCAUGAACCUUUAACUAAGAAAUCAAUGGAAUAUAAAACAUUAGAUAAGUACAAACAAGAAUAUCCUACAAAUAAUGAAGGUGAGGUUUCAAGUGAACAGUCUGACUAUGCUGGGAAUGAAGAGGAUAGUGAUAAAGAGAUUAGGCAGAAAAGAGAAAGAGGGUUAGAGGACGAUGAAGAAAAUAAUGAUAAGUCAAAAUCAAUAACUAAAAAGUCUACAAAGCCAAAAGAAACUUCUGUUAUGUCAAUAGAUGAGUUUUUAGAGAAGGCCCAAGUUCUUAGCUUGACUAUAAAUAACUCAAAAACUAAACUUGCCGCAGCACCCAGGCAAUUUAGUACUGGUAGUGUAGGAUGGUAUUAUGGAAACAAAGUUUCAUUGCCUGUUGGUGACUCAGAUGUUAUUUGCCAAUUAUCCUUAAAUUGCACGGUAGUUGGUAGUAAGUCGUGGAAACGGAAAUCUAUAAAGAAAAGAAGGUAA